UCCUGUGGUAUUUCCUCUUUCCUACUUCCUUCCUACUCUUUUACUGACAGACCAUUUAGCGUAACGAUACGAACAUCAAAUAAUAAUUUUAAAUAUUUAUAGAUACAUUUAACUAUAUUGGAUAAAGAAUAUUCGUUAUUUUUUUGUUUUUUUAAAAGUACGAUUGACAAGUCUCGUGAUACAGAUGGUCGCGUGGGACGUUCCAAAUUAUCGGAAUUUUUAUAUUUUACUGUCGCGCUGAAAAACAAACUAACUAACUUUCACUGUUAGUCCUUAUUUAAUAACAUGGCAGUACAAAAAUAUGCACACAUAUAUAUUAUAAUUACUUAAUUAUUAACUGAAAUAUGCCUAUAAUUUGUAAUUUAAUGCUCAGACAUACGAGUUGUACAGCCAAGAUUAAGAAAACACAAAUUUCCGAGGAGGUAUUGAAAGUGGCAAAGCCCUAAGCAACACUCUUGUUUUCGCUCGUGAUUAUGCUAUCACUGUGUAGCUAAGAAGUCUCGUUUUUGUCAGUCAGAAUCGUCAUGUUUAUGCGUGUUUAGCAUUGAAAUAUAUUUAUACAGCUGCACCAUCUAAACUUCUAAACGACGAUGACAUCUAAACUGAAAGUUGGGAAGGUCGGUUCCAAGAGUAAGGAGGAUGCCCCUUAUGAGCUGGAGAGCCAGUUUGUCCUCAGGCUUCCUUCGGAGUAUGCCUCAACAGUAAGAAGGAUUGCACAGUCUAGCAGUAUGAACAUGAAGGACAGACUCACCAUUGAGUUGCACCCUGAUGGCCGUCAUGGCAUAGUUAGAGUAGACCGUGUUCCUUUGGCCUGCAAACUGGUUGAUCUCCCCUGCAUGAUUGAGUCACUCAAAACGGUGGACAAGAAGACGUUUUACAAGACCGCAGAUGUCUGCCAGAUGCUCGUGUGUACACUAGAUGGAGACCUUUACCCCCCUUUGGAAGAGCCAACUGGCACUGACCCCAAGACCAAAAAGAAGGAUAAAGACAAGGACAAGAAAUUUGUUUGGAAUCACGGCAUCACCUGCCCUCUGAAGAACACGCGCAAGAGGAGAUUUCGGAAGACUGCGAAAAAAAAGUACAUUGAAUCUCCUGAUGUGGAAAAGGAAGUGAAGAGAUUGCUGAGCACAGAUGCUGACGCUGUCAGCGUCCGAUGGGAGGUUAUCGCAGAGGAUGAGUCCAAGGAAGCAGAUCAACACAGCUCUCUGGCCAACCUGGAUUCCUCACCUGGGACCUCAGGACACAAGAUGGGUCAUGGGUCCUCUGUCCAGCAUGAUGAACUGAGGGAGAUCUUCAAUGACAUCAGCAGUUCAAGUGAGGACGAGGAGGACGAAGGGGACCGGCAUGAAGAUGAGGACCUGAAUAUCAUGGACACAGAGGAUGAUCUGGUCCAGCAGCUCCAGGACAAACUUAAUGAGUCCGAUUCUGCACAGAAUGAAAGUGAUAGAAACAACCAGAUAGUUAUGGAGUACCAGGUGCAGAUCAACAACAUUAAGGCCAAGCUUCAGGAAACUCGUGCCCGCAAGAAACAGCAGGAGGAGCUCAUCAUGAAAGUGGAAAACCAGGCCCUCAAAAACCGUUUCCAAGCCUUGUUGGAUGAGAUUAUUCAGCAGGAGGAGCGGGAGAUGGAGCAGCUGGCCUCCCUGCAGGAGCAGCUGGACUCACUGAUAGAGAAGUGACCACCAGGGGGCAGUCACAUGUCAUCUUCUGGCAUACAGGAAAGACAAGGAUGAGAAAAGCCUUCAUCCAGGGAGAAGAGAAUUUUUAUUGGAAGUUGCUGUGUCAUUCCUUUAAAUUUGUGAUUUUCCUAUUACACAGCACACAGAUUGGUUCACUCAAAGUUUGUGUUUUUAAGUUGACAAAAUGCGUUUGUAGUUACUGUGUGAUUAAACUGUUCCACCUCAGUG